AUGGUUAACGUCCACCGUCGCAACACGGCCAUUGCUGCCAGUACCUUCUACUUCCUUACUAUCCCUUUCCUUAUCCUCGUCAUUAUCGGAAACACGCGCAUCAACUCAACGCUAAACGACAUCUACUUCUUCCAACUCGAUGUGUCGCAAGUCAUUCCUAUCUCGGUCGAAAACUCAAGACUUCUCAACUCUGUCGCGCGAAGUCUAGGUCUUCACGAUUUCUACCAGGUCGGACUAUGGAACUUUUGCGAGGGCUACAAUGAUGAAGGUGUCACGUACUGCUCCCCCACUAAGCAGUGGUACUGGUUCAACCCCGUCGAAAUUCUAGUCAGCGAACUGCUUGCUGGAGCUCAGAUCGCUCUCCCUGCAGAGGCUGUUACCGUCCUUAACCUCCUCAAGAUUGGUUCCAGGAUCAUGUAUGGUUGCUUCAUGGCCGGUAUCGUCGUCAACUUUGUCCUUAUCCCGUUGAGCUUGCUUGUCAUUCGCACUCGAUGGUGGAGUCUGCUUCUCUCCAUCCUCUCCGCGAUUUCAGCAAUCCUAGUCACCCUCGCCGCAGCUAUUGCGACCACCAUUAGUGUUGCGGCCAAAGUCGCUCUCACUGCGCAGGACCAGCUUAACAUCAGGGCAAACAUUGGUAUAAAGAUGUUCGUCUUCAUGUGGAUCGCUGCCAUCUUCACUGAUCUAGCUUUCCUUCUGCAUGCUGCUAUGGGUUGUUGCUGCAAGCCAGACCGUCAAAGGCAGGCACCUCAACAACAGCCCAUGUACGAAAACAAGAGCAACAGGAUGUCUCUACCAGGAUUCGUUCGCCAUAGAAAGAGCCACGGAUCCUCUUCGUAA